UAUAUAUAUAUCUAGCUUCAGUGGCUUGUUCACUAGCUAAUUGAACCAUAUAUGGCUGAUUCACAACAAAUUUUGGAUCCUUACGAGUUCCUCAAAAUCAAACUAAACCCAGAUGGGUCAUUAACCCGUCUCGCCCCAUUACCAUCUUUACCAGCGACACCCGAACUCACAUCCAAUUCUCAUCAUCAACCGUCUCUCUCCAAAGACAUACCACUAAACCCUUCCAACAACACCUUCCUCCGCCUCUUCCGCCCUGCCUCGCCACCACCCACCUCCCAAAAACUACCCGUUGUAAUCUACUUCCACGGUGGUGGUUUCGUCCUUUUUAGCGCCACGUCGUUUCCCUUCCACGAUUCAUGCGCAUGCAUAUCGGCUCAAUCUCCUGCAAUCAUGAUUUCAGUCGAGUAUCGACUGGCCCCAGAACACCGCCUCCCUGCGGCAUAUGAUGACGCUACUGAGGCAGUGUUGUGGGUCCGUGAUCAAGCGUUGGGAAUCAACGGCUGUGAUGAAUGGUUGGCUGAACUUGCUGAUUUUUCUAAAGUGUAUUUAAUGGGAAGUAGUGCAGGAGCAAAUAUAGUCUACAACGCGGGUUUACGUGCACUUGAUCUUGAUCUUGAUCCAAUCAAGAUCGUGGGGCUGAUAUUAAACCAACCUUUCUUUGGUGGGGUUGAGCGUACUGAAUCGGAGCUUCGAUUCAAAAAUGACCGUAUUGCCCCUUUAGUUGCGAAUGAUCUCAUGUGGUCUCUUGCGCUGCCAGAAGGCAGUGACAGAGACCACGAGUACUGUAAUCCGUUACGAGAUGAAUAUGUAUCCCGUAACGAUAAAAUUAGACGGUUGCCAAGAUCUCUAGUUAGGGGUUAUGGUGGGGAUCCAUUUGUUGAUAGACAAAAGGAGUUUGCUGAUAUGUUGGAGAAACAAGGUGUGCAAGUGAUAAAGAAGUUUGAUGAUCAAGGGUACCAUGGUGUAGAGGUGUUUGAUCCUAAAAUGGCACAAGUGUUGUAUGAUGAUGUCAAGAGUUUCAUUUGGUCAUCUGUUAUUAAUAAGUUAUAAGCCAACCUUAUGAUUUAUAAGCUUUUCACAUUAUCAUGUCGAAUAAAGAGAAAUUAAAGUUAUAUUUCUAAUGAGAUUUAUCUUUUUUUCUAA